CCACAAAAAAAAAACGAAAUGACUUUCCGAACAAUCCUAUAUUUAUGUAUGAUUAUGCGAUACAAAAUUUAAUAAUAAUGGUGGUCACGUCAUUUAAAACUCGAUGGUUUUCUAUUUUUUGACGAUAAAUAAUUUUAUAUUUCGAUCUGAAAAGAAAUAUGACACACAUGUCGGGUUAGUGUGUCAGAGAUUCCAUUGGAGGUAGACACCCCCAGGAGUAAAAAAUUACUGCAGUUAUUGAAUUCUUCUUGCCAUUUGUAUCCAUCAACAUAUUAUAUGUAUAGACAUCCUUCAAUAAACUGUUCGAGAUAGAUUUUUAUCAAUGGAUGAAUAUCACAAAAGAAAUUUCGCUUAAUACGAUUAGGUGUUAUUUGCAUGGUGCGAAUUUAUUAGCGAAUAUUUCUAAUAGUUAUUAACAUGGUUAGCACAAGCGUGACGAUUACGUUUGUUUAUUAAAAAUACACACGUAGUAAGAAAUACAUAACGCAAUACACAUAUACAUAUACGUAAUAUAUAGAAAAGGUGGUGAAUUCACGCCUCCACCUGUUACGGUUAAAAAUUGUGAUUUGAAGCGCCGGCGCGAUUGGUAGUCUUCAAAUGAAAAUGCGUAUAACAAGGGUGCUUUUUUUCACUUUAUCAAACUCUGAAGUUACAACCCCAUGACGCUCUUCUCCUAUCUUACAAUUACUAUAUCAGUAUAAUUUGAGACUGGCACAGACCAAAACAAAAAACUACCGAAUUCUUAGUUUCACAGGUCAGCACGAUUGUUAAAAAGAAAUGCAUUUCAAAUGUGUUACCGUCUUGGUAUUUGUUUCUGCAUUGGUCAAAUGUCAACAAAUUAUAGAAGUCGAUAGUAAUUUGGACCCGAUAACAACUCUCGACUGUCAUAGACGAAUGUAUACGUACAGGGUGACCCAAGAAGAUGAAAAUGGGAAGCAGUGUUGGGAUACCAUAACUGUCAUGGCUUGUUGGGGAAGAUGCGAUACCAAUGAGAUUUCCGACUGGCGUUUUCCGUUUAAGAAGUCAAAUCAUCCCGUGUGUGUUCAUCAUGGACGAAAUAAACUCCUUGCAAUUCUAAGACACUGCGAAGAAGGCGCACUUCCUUCCGCUGCCCGUUACGAGUACCUCGAGGCUGCCAGUUGUCGAUGUCAGACGUGCUCUUCGUCGAACACGAGCUGCGAAGGUGUUAGAUACCGACCUCAUAGAUCUCACCCUGACGUUAUGGGUUUUGGCGACAAAAUUUAAUUAAACCAUAUAACGGCGCUAUUGUUCGUAUUCUUUUUCUCAUUCGCCUUUAUCAGAAUUUAUUAUUAUUGUACGGAAUUGCCGAUUGUAUAGGUACCUCUAUCUACCUAACUAACGUGCAAAAAUGUAUAAUAAUGAAACGAAAAAUUGUAUUUUCUAUUUAAUUGUGUGGGUUGUUUACC